GAAACAAUACAAUUUGGAAAAAUCACUCUCAACCAUCUGUUAAUCCCAAAGGACAAAUUCAGGGAUGUUAAAAUGUCCAAACUUUUGUUUUCAAAGAUUCACUUUUAUGAUAUAAAAGAUUUAUUUCCAAAUGUAAAGCAGCCUAGAAGGGUUGAUAUUGUACUGAGUAGAAAAAAGCAAAAGAACAACAUCCUGUCAUUUGUCAUGGGGCAAACCGUAAAUAAUGGGACAAGUCCCUCAAAUAACAGCUUGCAGGACCAUAAACGCCACCCGUCUCUGGACAAGUUAUUGAAAAAUAAAAAGUACUUAGCAGCAUUCCGCUCAUUCCUACAGUCAGAGUUCAGUGAGGAAAACAUCGAGUUCUGGCUUGCAUGUGAAGACUUUAAGUCAACAGCCUCAUCUGAAGACCUCGGCUGGAAAGCAGAGAAGAUCUAUGGGGAGUUUAUCAGCCCCUCAGCCUGUAGAGAGAUCAAUGUAGACCACCACAUUAAAGAAAAGAUCCAGAAAUCUUUGGAGAAGCCGAGUCGUUCCUGCUUUGACGAGGCCCAGAAACAGAUUUACCUGUUGAUGCUGAGAGACUCGUGUCCCAGAUUCCUGCAGUCAGAUGCCUACCUAAGCCUGAAGCACAAAUCCAGGACAAUAUGGUAUAUUUAGCUUCUGUUAAGGGAUAAAAAAAUGUGCUGUUCUCAUUUUAAGGAAGGACAACUGCCCUUCUGUACUCAUAAACUGUUUUCAGCCAUGUGAAGCCCUAAACACUUUCUGAAAGUAAAUGAUGGGUUAAAAUGUGUGUAAAGAGAAAGAAAACGCAUGUGAUUGAAUGGAGAUUGUAUGGAGAAGUGGGAUGACGCUGUAUGCCGUGUAUGUUUUUGAUAGACUUGUUCAAAGCUGUUUGAAUUUUUGACAUGCUUAAAAGUAAGAAAAUG